UCAAUCGGUCACAUUUCUCCCGCUCAAGGACGUGCGCUUCGCGGACCGACCUCAAGAAGGCCACACGUGGUUCAUGAGCUCCAUGUAUGACACUCACGUCGAAGGCGAGGUCCAGUACCAGCACUUCCCCUCGGAAUUGUCGAAAGGUAGGGUUCUGUGCUUACGACUUGUUGAGGUGCCAAGCAAGAAACUACUGUAAUAUGAAGUUGGGAGGGGAAAUCAAAGAGGCUUAUGGAAAGAAGACGAACGGUAAUGUCGGUCUGACUAUGUUCAUGCGAAGAGGAGCGAGAUCAUUCAAGAAUGACUCGGCUGUGAUUGAGAUUUUCCAGAGAGAAUGCAAUAAGGUCGAAGGAUGUAGUCUGAUGGUGGCUUACUCCAGUAAUCUCAGUUUUUGUGAACAGGUGAAAUUGAUGAGCAUGACAGACAUUCUAGUGUCUCCACACGGUGCGCAAUUGACCAACAUGUUCCUGAUGGACAGAAACAGCAGCAUAAUGGAGUUCUAUCCAAAAGGGUGGUUGAAAAAUGCAGGAGUCGGCCAGUAUGUUUAUCGCUGGUUAGCUAGUUGGGCAGGGAUGAGAUACGAGGGUGCUUGGAGGGACCCAGAUGGAGACCCGUGUCCCUAUCCGGAGGAAGAUCGUCGAUGUAUGUCCAUCUACAAAAGCGGUAAAAUUGGAUAUAACAAGACAUAUUUUACAGAGUGGGCGAGAAAUGUCCUUCGAGAGGUCAUGACCACCAGGAAAGUAGGAGCACUGUCGAAAAAUUCUUUUGGUGGCUGUGCUUGCAGCUAGAUCUGCCUCUUUUAGAUCUCAUACUAUAGAUAGAGCUU